CAAAUGUUCAUAGUCUCGUUGGAAGAGUUGUAUUCUUGGCUGGUAUUAUUACAAUCGAUUAAUUGCCAUCGCCAGCUGAGCGCGCUUUGUUUUUGGCAUAGUAUUUGCGAAAUUAUCUUGUAAAACCAGUGAGAUACGUUUUAAAAUUUAAAUAAUUAUCAAGAUGAAGGAGUGUCCAUAUGGCGAGAAAUGUUACAGAAAGAAUCCCAUUCAUUUUGGCGAGUUUUCCCAUGCGCAUUUGGAUGCAAUCUUUGAGAAGGGAAAUGGAUCUGGGGACUACGAUAUACCGGUCAAAUACUCCAGCGAAAUGAUUCAAACCCAACUAAAGUUGCUGGAGAAACUUUUUCCUAAAUCAGGAGCCAAGAAGGAGAAGGAAGCGAAUGUUUGUGCUUCAAAUCCACCUGUAACUGCUUCGAUUAGCAGUGGAUCCUCCACUUCAGGAUCUUCGAGUACCAAUCCCAGUGGUUCCUCAACUUCUCGGUCAGCAGCUCCGCAAGACACCUCCAAUUUGGCCAAAAAACAGAAGCUGAAUGCCAAAAACAUAAGGGAUUACAUUCCUGUCGUGCUGGAAAAGGGGAAAAUGGCCCAAAAACUGGAGCGCGCCGCUCCCUACAACAUGUUCCUCACGGCGAUCACGGACUCGAAACCCACCCAUUCGGAGCCCUUGAGCAUAACCCUCCAGGAAAUCCUCGACGAAAGUCUUGGCGAGAUCGAGAGCACCGUGCAGAUCAACUUCAUGGUGGACAUUGGCUGGCUCCUUGGACAUUACUAUUUUGCCGGAAUACUGGACAAACCCCUUUUGGUUCUCUAUGGCGACGAAUCGCCGGAGCUGCUGGGCAUCAGUAAAUUUAAGCCGCAGGUAACGGCCAUACAUGUAAGAAUGCCCACGCCCUUCGCCACUUCGCACACGAAAAUGAUGUUCCUGGGCUACAGCGAUGGCUCCAUGCGAGUGGUCAUCUCCACGGCCAAUUUGUACGAGGAUGACUGGCACAAUCGGACGCAAGGCUUGUGGAUAAGUCCGAAGCUGCCGGCUUUGCCGGAGGAUGCGGAUACGGGAGCAGGCGAAAGCCGGACGGGAUUCAAGCAGGAUCUAAUGCUGUAUUUGGUGGAGUACAAGAUCAGUCAGUUGCAGCCGUGGAUUGCGAGGAUCCGAAAGAGUGACUUUAGCGCCAUUAACGUAUUCUUUUUGGGCUCUGUGCCAGGAGGUCAUCGCGAGAGCACCGUGAGGGGUCAUCCCUGGGGUCACGCCCGCUUAGGCGCCAUACUCUCCAAGCAUGCGGCUCCAAUCGACGAUCGCAUUCCUGUGAUCUGUCAGAGUUCGAGUAUUGGAAGCCUGGGUCCUAAUGUGCAGGCCUGGAUACAGCAGGAUUUCGUCAACAGCCUGAAAAAGGAUUCCACUCCCGUGGGGAAACUCCGCCAGAUGCCGGCCUUCAAGAUGAUCUAUCCCAGUUUCGGGAACGUCUCCGGCAGUCAUGAUGGAAUGUUGGGUGGCGGAUGUCUGCCCUAUGGAAAAAACACUAACGAUAAGCAGCCCUGGCUCAAGGAGCACCUGCAGCAGUGGAAAGCAAGCGAUCGACAUCGAUCUCGUGCCAUGCCGCACAUCAAAAGCUAUACGCGCUAUAACCUGGAGCAACAGUCUGUCUAUUGGUUCGUUCUAACCUCGGCGAAUCUCUCAAAAGCAGCCUGGGGCUGCUUCAACAAGAGCUCGAAUAUCCAACCGUGUCUAAGAAUUGCCAACUAUGAAGUCGGUGUCCUGUUCCUGCCCAGAUUUGUGACUGGCGAAGACACCUUUCCUUUGGGCAAUAAUCGUGAUGGCGUGCCCGCUUUUCCACUGCCAUACGAUGUUCCUCUGACGCCUUAUGCUUCAGAUGAUAAGCCCUUCUUGAUGGAUUACCUACAGGGUUGAGAAUUACAGGGCUCGUGUUAUUUUUUAAAAUCUGAAUAUGCAUUGUGGUUCCGUGAAAAUAGUUGUUCCUCAGAUGUUUUUUCUUCCAUAUUCAUAUAUAUGUUUCUCAUUAAACGAGUUUUGGUCUGUUAUCCAAGCUCAGCAAUUAAUUUCGG